GAGGAGCCGCUGUACGUGCCGCUCAAGGUGCGGCGCCAGCGCGAGCAGGAGCGACUGCAGCGGCGCCGCCAGCAGCUGCAGGAGCGCAUCCAGCACGAGCGCAGCGACAACGACAGCGACAGCGACUCGGAGGGCGAGCGGCCGCCCCGCAGCAAGCGGCCGAAGCCGUCGAGCCCUCCGUCGCCGUCCGCCGCCGCCGGCCAUGACGAUGCUUCUCCGCCGCCGACGCAGCCGCAGCGCUCGAGCGUGAGUCUGCUGGACCAGGCGUACGAGAUGCGCAAGCGCAUGGAGGAGCAGGGCGUGAACCAGCAGAAGGCGCAGCAGGACGCGCAGGAGGUCAACAUGCUCAAGGAGGCCAGCUACGUGCAGAAGGCGGCGCUGGUGUCGGCCCACGAGCGCGCCGAGGGGAUCCACUACAAGGAGGCCAUGCAGACCACGUGGAGGCCGCCGCGCAGCAUCGCGGCCAUGACGCCGGACGAGUGCGACGCCGUGCGCAAGAAGUGGCACAUCCUGGUGGAGGGCGAGGACGUGCCGCCGCCCAUCAAGUCGUUCGAGUACAUGCGCUUCCCGCCGGCCAUUCUGGAGGCGCUCAAGGCCAAGAACAUCAUGCGGCCCACGCCCAUCCAGGUGCAGGCCAUCCCGUGCAUCCUCGCGGGGCGCGACAUCAUCGGCAUCGCCUUCACGGGCUCCGGCAAGACCGUGACGUUCACGCUGCCGCUGGUGAUGCUGGCGCUCGAGGAGGAGAAGAAGAUGCCCAUCAUCGGACACGAAGGCCCCUUCGGCCUCAUUGUGGGACCGUCCCGAGAGCUCAUGCGGCAGACGUUCGACGUCGUCAAGCACUUCACGAACCACUUGUUCAAGGCUGGAUACCCGGAGCUGCGGAGUCUGCUGUGCAUCGGAGGAGAAGACAAGCGCCAGCAGUCGGAUCUGAUCGCCAGUCGUGGCGUGCACAUUGUGGUGGCGACUCCAGGCCGGCUGAACCACUUCCUGAAGCUCAAGGAGAUGAACCUGCGCCUGUGCAAGUACAUUUGCUUGGACGAAGGCGACCGGAUGUUGGACCUGGGCUUCGACGAGGAGGUGGCCACGACCUUCAACCACUUCACAAGUCAGCGACAGACGCUGCUGUUCUCAGCCACGAUGCCUCAGAAGUUCCAGGACUUCGCCAAGGAUGUGCUGGUCAAACCUGUGCUAGUCAACGUCGGUCGUGCCGGUGCUGCUAACCUGGACGUGAUCCAGGAGGUGGAGUACGUGAAGCAGGACGCCAAGAUCGUGUACCUGCUCGAGUGUCUGCAGAAGACGAGCCCUCCUGUUGUCAUUUUCUGCGAACGCAAGGGCGACGUCGACGAUAUCUACGAAUAUCUCAUCCUCAAGGGCGUCGAGGCCGCCUCGAUCCACGGUGGCAAGGACCAGGAGGAGCGUAAUGAGGCCAUCGACCUGUUCAAGAACGGCCAGAAGGACGUCCUGGUAGCGACGGAUGUGGCCGCCAAGGGUCUCGACUUCCCCGAUAUCAAGCACGUCAUCAACUUCGACAUGCCGGCAGAGAUCGAGAACUACGUGCAUCGAAUCGGUCGUACAGGUCGUUGCGGUAAGACAGGCGUGGCGACGACAUUCAUCAACAAGAGUGUGCCCGAGAGUGCUCUGCUGGAUCUGAAGCACCUGCUGGUCGAGGCCAAGCAAACGGUGCCGCCUGUGCUCAAGGCAUUGGAGGAUCCCUACGAAGAGUUGGAGCGCAGUGGUGAUGGUCUUUCCAACGCUACAGGCACUAAGGGCUGUGCGUUCUGUGGUGGUCUGGGUCACCGCAUCACCGACUGUCCGAAGGUGGACUCGCAGGUGCGGAAGAUUGGCGCUGGCAAGCGCGACUUCCUCGCCGGAAAGAGCGAAGGCUACGGCGGAGACUCGCUCGGUUAAGAGAACUGAUAGCAAUGCAUCACAUAAUCUACUUCCAAGUAUCCAUGAGCACACG